AUGACCCAUAGCAUCGCAUUGUCCCAGCCGCAGGUGGCCCCCGGCACCCUGGAGAAGCCGCCCAGCACUGCGGUCCUGUGUCACACCUGCGGGGCCGUGUGCAAGGGUGAGGUGCUUCGUGUGCAGAAGAAGUUUUUCCAUAUCAAGUGCUUUGUCUGCAAGGUGUGCGGCUGUGACCUGGCCGAGGGCGGGUUCUUCGUGCGGCAGGGCGACCACAUCUGUGUGCAGGACUACCAGAGGCUGUACGGCACCCGCUGCUUCAGCUGUGACCAGUUCAUCGAGGGUGAGGUGGUCUCGGCGUUAGGCAAGACCUACCAUCCUGAUUGCUUCGUGUGUGCCGUAUGCCGGUUGCCCUUUCCGCCCGGAGACCGAGUGACCUUCAACGGGAAGGAAUGCCGGUGUCAGAAGUGCUCCCUGCCCGCCUCGCUGGGCAGCAGUGCCCACCAAGCCCUCCGGAACUGUGGAGGCUGUGGCUCCGAGAUCAGGAAUGGCCAGUCCCUCCUGGCCCUGGACACACACUGGCAUCUGGGCUGUUUCAAGUGCAGAGCUUGUGGGAAGCUCCUCAACGCCGAGUACAUCAGCAAGGAUGGACUGCCCUACUGCGAGGCUGAUUACCAUGCCAAGUUCGGCAUCCGGUGUGACGCCUGUGAGAAAUUCAUCACUGGGCGAGUGCUAGAGGCUGGAGAGAAGCACUUCCACCCUGCAUGUGCGCUCUGUGUCCGGUGCGGCCAGAUGUUUGUGGAGAGCGAGGAGAUGUACCUCCAAGGCUCUUCCAUCUGGCACCCUGCAUGCCGCCAAGUGGCCAGGACCGAGGACAAAGCCAAGGAAACCAGGACCUCUUCAGAAAGCAUCGUCUCUGUGCCCGCGUCCAGCACCUCGGGGUCCCCGAGCCGUGUGAUUUAUGCCAAGCUUGGGGACGAGAUCCUGGACUACAGGGACCUGGCCGCCCUGCCCAAGAACAAGGCCAUCUACAACAUCGACCGGCCAGACAUGAUCUCCUACUCACCUUACAUCAGCCACUCCACGGGCGAGCAGCAGAACUAUGGCGAGGGGGACCAGGACGACCGAUCCUACAAGCAAUGUCGGACCUCCAGCCCCAGCUCAGCGGGUUCUGUCAGUCUGGGGCGCUACACCCCGCCCUCACGGUCCCCACAACACUACAGCCGCCCAGCGGGUACUGUCAGUGUUACCACCAGUAGCUGCCUCUCCCUGUCCCAACACCCAAGCCCUACCUCCGUGUUCCGACAUCAUUACAUUCCCUACUUCAGAGGCAGUGAAAGUGGUCGCAGCACACCCAGCCUGUCUGUGCUCUCCGACAGCCGGCCGCCCCCUUCCACCUACCAGCAGGCUCCACGUCACUUCCAUGUUCCAGACACUGGCGUCAAAGACAACAUCUAUAGGAAGCCCCCCAUCUACAGGCAGCAUGCAGCGAGGCGCUCGGACGGAGAGGAGGGAAGCUUUGACCAGGACCUGAGGAAGAAGCCUAGUUGGCUGAUCCUCAAAGGGGACGCAGACACGAGGACGAACUCCCCUGACCUGGACAGCCAGUCACUGUCACUCAGUAGCGGGACGGACAGAGACCCUCCCCAGAGAAUGCCCGGUGACAGCCUUUGUUCACGAUUUCCCUAUUCCAAAUCUGACUCCCUCCCACGGCACGGAAAGAAUGACCUGGAACAUCGGGAUGUCAAUGUGGCCCCUCUCGGAGAGGACCCGGACGCCAGCUGGGGCACACGAGAAUACAAGAUCUACCCUUACAACGCUCUCAUUGUCACUAACCGAAUUCGUGUGAAACUACCCAAAGAUGUGGACCGGACUCGGCUGGAGAGACACCUGUCACCGGAGGAGUUCCAGGAGGUGUUCGGGAUGAGCAUGGAGGAGUUUGACCGCCUGGCCCUAUGGAAGAGGAAUGACCUCAGGAAGAAGGCCCUGCUCUUCUGA